CGAACAAUCAAACCAAUCAGGAAGCGUCGUGCGUCAUGACGUCAGCGCCGGCCUCUUCCAUGCUCUGCGCCCUAAACCGUCAUCAUUUUUACCGGGAGAGGCGAAGGGCAUCCGGGAUACCGGCCGAGAGAAGAGCCGCUGAGACACUCGUUGAGUGGACAGUGGACGUUUGAUCAAAACCCUGCUGCUCUGGGACUGACCCGGGUGGAGUUUAAUUCUCUGUGGUUGUUUGGGACAUCCGCCCCAUCGGACUGACUGGCACCACCGUGUGCGGGAUUCUUUAAGGACUGCUCAUGCAUCGUUUAAGGACUUGUGCGGCGCGGUUGCGCCCGCUCACCGCCUCACAGGCGGCACAGACUGUCGGCCAGCAGCGGCCUCUCACAGUCGCCUCCACAGGCAACACAAGGACGUUUCAGCCAAUCAGGUGCUACUCAACACCUGUGGCUUCAGAGCCGUUUCUUAAUGGGACGAGCUCCAACUAUGUGGAGGAGAUGUACUUCGCCUGGUUGGAAGAUCCCAAGAGUGUUCAUAAGUCAUGGGAUGUGUUUUUCCGAAACGCCAAUGCCGGCGCCCCUCCUGGUGCUGCCUACCAGUCUCCUCUGAGUCUGUCUGCGGCUCCUGGCCUCGCUGCUCCACAGCUCUCCUCCCUGGUUGGAGCUCAGCCCAACGUGGAGAAGCUGGUGGAGGAUCACCUGGCUGUGCAGUCGCUCAUCAGAGCGUACCAGAUCCGAGGGCACCAUGUGGCCCAGUUGGACCCACUCGGCAUCUUGGACGCUGAUCUGGACUCGUGUGUCCCCACUGACAUAAUCACCUCCUCCGACAAGCUGGGCUUCUACGGCUUGAACGAGUCGGACCUGGAUAAGGUGUUCCGGCUCCCCACCACCACCUUCAUCGGGGGCUCAGAGACGGCACUGCCGCUGAAGGAGAUCAUCCGCCGCCUGGAGAUGGCGUACUGUCAGCACAUCGGCGUGGAGUUCAUGUUCAUCAAUGACCUGGAGCAGUGUCAGUGGAUCAGGCAGAAGUUUGAGACUCCAGGUGUGAUGCAGUUCACUCCGGAGGAGAAGAGGACGCUGCUGGCCCGCAUGAUCCGCUCCACCAGGUUUGAGGAGUUUCUGCAGAAGAAGUGGUCUGCAGAGAAACGCUUCGGUCUGGAGGGCUGCGAGUCCCUGAUCCCGUCUCUGAAAACCAUCAUCGACAAGUCCUCAGAGAACGGGGUGGAGUACGUCAUCAUGGGCAUGCCGCACAGGGGUCGUCUCAACGUUUUGGCGAAUGUGAUCCGUAAAGAGCUGGAGCAGAUUUUCUGUCAGUUCGACUCCAAGCUGGAAGCUGCUGAUGAGGGCUCUGGAGAUGUGAAGUACCACCUGGGGAUGUACCAUCGCCGGAUCAACCGUGUGACGGACAGGAACAUCACCUUAUCUCUGGUGGCAAACCCGUCUCACCUGGAGGCCGUGGACCCCGUGGUUCAGGGCAAAACCAAAGCCGAGCAGUUCUACUGCGGAGACAACGACGGGAAACGGGUGAUGUCCAUCCUUCUCCACGGAGACGCUGCAUUUGCAGGUCAGGGAAUCGUUUAUGAAACCUUUCACCUGUCCGACCUGCCGUCCUACACCACGCACGGCACUGUGCACGUGGUGGUCAACAACCAGAUCGGCUUCACCACAGACCCUCGCAUGGCGCGCUCCUCCCCCUAUCCCACCGAUGUCGCCCGGGUCGUCAACGCCCCCAUCUUCCACGUCAACGCGGACGACCCCGAGGCCGUCAUCUAUGUCUGUAAGGUGGCCGCCGAGUGGAGAGCCACGUUUCACAAAGACGUGGUGGUGGACCUGGUCAGCUACCGCCGCAUGGGUCACAAUGAGAUGGACGAGCCCAUGUUCACUCAGCCGCUCAUGUACAAGCAGAUCAAGAAGCAGAAGCCGGUCCUGCAGAAGUACGCUGAGAAGCUGAUAGCAGAGGGAGUCGUGAGCAGACAGGAGUACGAGGAGGAAAUCUCAAAGUAUGAUAAAAUCUGUGAGGAGGCGUACGCUCGCUCCAAAGAUGAGAAGAUCCUCCACAUCAAGCACUGGCUGGACUCGCCCUGGCCCGGUUUUUUCACUCUGGAAGGACAGCCCAAGUCCAUGAGUUGUCCCUCUACUGGACUGAGCGAGGAGGACCUGACCCACAUUGGACAGGUGGCUUCCUCUGUCCCGGUGGAGGACUUCACCAUCCAUGGAGGUCUGAGUCGAAUCCUAAAGGGUCGAGGCGAGAUGAUCCGGAACCGGACGGUGGACUGGGCUCUGGGAGAAUACAUGGCGUUUGGAUCACUGCUGAAAGAAGGGAUCCACGUCAGACUGUCGGGACAGGACGUAGAGAGAGGAACGUUCAGCCAUCGCCAUCACGUCCUCCAUGACCAGAACGUGGACAAGCGGACCUGCAUUCCCAUGAACCACAUCUCCCCGGACCAGGCGCCAUACACCGUCUGCAACAGCUCUCUGUCAGAGUACGGCGUCCUCGGCUUCGAGCUGGGCUUUGCCAUGGCGAGCCCCAAUGCCCUGAUCCUGUGGGAGGCGCAGUUUGGAGACUUCCACAACACGGCUCAGUGCAUCAUCGACCAGUUCAUCUGCCCCGGCCAGGCCAAGUGGGUCCGGCAGAACGGCAUCGUGCUGCUGCUGCCGCACGGCAUGGAGGGCAUGGGCCCAGAACAUUCUUCAGCUCGUCCAGAGAGGUUCCUGCAGAUGUGCAACGAUGACCCAGAUGUGAUGCCUAACAUCACUGAGGACUUCGCCGUCCGUCAGCUUUAUGACUGCAACUGGAUCGUGGUGAACUGCUCGAACCCGGGAAACUACUUCCAUGUGAUGAGGAGACAGAUCCUGCUGCCCUUCAGGAAACCUUUGAUCGUCUUCACUCCCAAAUCUCUGCUGCGUCUCCCAGAGGCCAGAUCCAGCUUUGAUGACAUGCUGCCGGGAACUCACUUCCAAAGAUUGAUCCCCGAUGGAGGAGUGGCAGCUGAACGUCCCGAGGAGGUCAAGAGGUUGAUCUUCUGCACCGGGAAGGUUUACUAUGAGCUGACCAAAGAGAGGAAGAACCGAGGCAUGGAGGGAACUGUGGCCAUCGCACGCAUGGAGCAGCUCUCUCCCUUCCCAUUCGACCAGGUGAAGGCGGAGGUUGAGCGUUUCUGCAACGCAGACCUGGUCUGGUGUCAGGAGGAGCACAAGAACCAAGGCUACUACGACUACGUGAAGCCUCGCAUCAGGACCACCAUCAACAGAUCCAAGGGUGUCUGGUAUGCCGGAAGAGAAUCUGCAGCGGCCCCGGCAACAGGAAACAAGAACACUCACCUGAUGGAGCUGCGGCGCUUCCUGGACACUGCCUUCGACCUGGAUGCGUUCAAAGACCAGCAGUAAACCUGCAACCUGCAGCAUCUGGAACAACCCCCCCACCCUGAACCCCCACACAGUCUGCACUACUGACUACAGCACAGACACGAGCACAAACGCGUUCUUCAGGUCACUCUGAUCAGAGGAACUUUCAAACAUGUGGAACCACAGGAUCUGAUCUGUCCGGCAAACAUGCAGCCAAAGCGAACGAGAGAGCAGGCCGGAGCUGUUGUGCAGCAUCAGUGCUGUGGUCAGUAGAUCAGCAGCUUCCCCAAACACCAGUCUCCUCCACAGCUGCCUCCUCGAGGAGAUCACAGUGGAAUAAUCCCAGCUGCAGCUUCACCAGGGAAUAACCACAUGUUUCAAGUUUAAGUUGUUGUGCAACUGUGGAGGCAACUGUGCUGUUUGAGGGUUCAGCUGCUCUUUAUGAAGUAGAGCCUGAAACAAAAGCGUAAACGCACACCCCUCCUCCCUCCGUCCACACAUUCACUCAACUUUUCAGACCAGAUUAAGUUCAGGCUCCAGUUUUUCCUCUCUAGUUUUCUGCCGUCAUCUUCAUCAUGACUUCAGGCCCUCUUAAGCCCCGCCCUCCCUCCAAAAAGCUCCUGAUUGGGUGCAGGAAAGAAGUUAUCACAGAACAGCUCAUUAGCGUUGUUAGCGCUCCUCGUUAGAAAGUAAUGGGAGUCCUGCUAACAGUGGUGACAGCAGGGUCGCUUUGUUUUGGGGGUUUGCUGAUUCAUGGAAAAACAUUUAUAAUCGGUCACCACUUCAACACGGAGGUUUUACCAGCUUUGAUUUUGAAAGGUAUGUGGAUAAGGAAAUAGGAGCUCCUCCCGCUCCACCUGCACUGCUGAUUAUUUACGUCCCCCUCAGCCUCCUCUGUCCCUCCACCCUCAGACGAGUGUUCAUCUCGUGCCAAAAUGCGUCUCACAUUUUUAGAAUCUUGUUUCCGUGUUGCAGUUAAAGUGGCGACAGGAAAUGACAAAAACGACGGUGGCGGACAAAACAGCUGCUACAGGCUUCAAAGAAAAUCAUUUAUUUAUUUUCAUAAAAGGGGAUUGAGGUCUUCUUUGUUAUUUUGCUUCAUUCAAUAAAGGGUUAUGAACUGAACUGAA